GUCAAAACUAAAUCAGUUUCCGAGUGAUUUAAACUGAAGGACCAGAUGUUACAAACCUGGGGCCAGACCCACAGAGGUCUCUUUAAUGUAAUGUUCAAAAGAUUGUAAAUGGCUGGAAGAAAUACAUAACCUUCCAAUGGAGUCUGAGUUUGUGCCAGCUUCAACUUGCAAAAACAUCUGCAUUAAAGAGGAGAUUUCUGAGCCAGAUACUCUAUAUCCAGGAGCAGAUAAAGGAAGUUGCCAGUUGCAGUGUACAUGUACAACAGCAGCAUAUGACAACAUUAACAAUGGUGCAGUGCUCCCUUCAACAGAGGAUGGCAUUACUUUUACUUGUAAUCACAAUGAACAUUGCACAUGUUGUUCAAACCCACAAUUUGGAGUAUGUGGAAGUUCAACCUGUUGUAAUAUUAAGGAGGAGCCUGUAGAAACAAACAUUGAAGAUUCAUACACCACUAUCCCUGAUGUCCAAACACCUGAUGAAGAAAUAAAUGAAAUGAACAAUGGAGAAAAUGUUACUAUGAAUUGGAAAAAUGGUGAAAUUGAUGAUGCUGUGUUGGUCAAACAAACCAAUCAAAGGAUAAAGAGGAAGAAUACUACUACUUUGAAUUCUGAGAAAAUCAAAGUUAAGAUAGUUAAGUGUACACCAAAGACACAUUCUAACCAAGAUAAUACUGUUACUGAAAAUGCACAAAUUGGUGCAAAGAAAAGAGCCCCAUAUGUCGUCAUUAAAGAAAAAGCAAAGUAUGGUAAACUGAAUAAUAAAUCUCGAAAUUUGAAGAAGAACAUUGGGUCAACCAAUGAAGAUGAAAUUGAAAAUACAAUAUUAAAAACUGAAUCAGCUAAAACAAAAAUCAAUACAGUUAAAACAAAAGCUAAAUCAAAAAAGAAAAAAAGUGAUGAUUUGACAGAUGAUCUUCUAAAUCUGUCUAAAAAACAUUCUGGAACAGAAAAUGUCUCCAAACAGGUUGAUAAACUCCAAUGUGAAUUCUGCCAGAAGCUUCUGUCGACAAAAUUAGCUUUGAAAAGGCAUCAUGAAAGAUACCAUGAAGCAACAAGGAAGAUGUACCCAUGUGAUGCCUGUCAUAGAUCAUUCACAAGAAAAGACAAGUUGAAAUAUCAUUUGAAAAACCUUUGUCCAUAUGGGCAGUCUAGAGACCCUAAAAAUGCAUGUGAAAUUUGUAAAUUGUCCUUCUAUGAUGCAAGAAGUGUACAAAGACACAUGAAAAAUCGGCACUUUCUGGUAGCCUCUAAGGAUGGAUUUACUUGCCAAAAAUGUGAUGUAACAAUUGAAAGCUUGGAUAAGUUUAAUUGUCAUUUUGAACCAAGUUUUACCCAGCAUGCAACAUCAAGACAAUUGAGUAAUUUCCAUAACAAAACUUGUGAGGUCUGUCAAUCAACAUUUGAUUCAAUGAGAGACUUGCAAAAUCACAUGCCUACCCAUUUCAAGGAAGGGAACUAUGAAUGCAAAAUUUGUGAUGCAAAAUAUUCGCUUCUCAAGAAUCUGCUUCGGCAUAUACGUCAAAUUCACAAAAUACAGACUGAAAAUUUUGUUUGCGCUGUAUGCGAUAAAUCAUUUGUGAGGAAAGAUGUUUUACGGAAACAUAUGUUAUCACACACUAAUGCAAAAGAAUAUGUAUGUAAAAUCUGCAAGAAGACUUUUAACAGAAGAGAUUGUAUGAUGUCACAUAUGAAAAAUAUACAUGCUCCAGAAUCAGAGAAACACCAAUAUAAGAAAGAAGCUAAAUCAUGUUGCGAUACCUGUGGAUCUGUCUUCUCGACUGCGUUCUUACUUAGAGAGCAUAUCAUGAUAACCCACGAAGGCAAGGCAGUUGAAUGUAAGCUUUGUGGCUACCAAUGUCUCCAUAGGCUCACUGUAUACAACCAUCUGAAGGUGAAACACGGGCAAAUGACGUCUCUUGGCUUUGUUUUAUAUCGUCUUCGUAAACCUGGUACAAAAGCUCCAGUUGAAACUGUGUGUGAAUUUUGUAACAAAAGGCUCUGCUCGAGACACUCGUAUAUGACACAUAUGCGGAUGCUCCACCCGGAGAAGUACGAAAUGGUUAAAAAACAAUCCAAGAUACCAAAGAAAAAUAAAGCGCAGCUAAGGGAUAUAUCAGUCAGAAAUAAGCAAAGGGUGAGGAAGAGGGGGAAAUCUAAAAGGAAUAAAAAAGUAAGGAGAGUGAAAUCUCCAUUGAAUUCAUCUCUGAAAUCAAAACAAAAUCUUGAUGAAACUGAUACAAACGUGGCCAAUAAAGAUGUUGGAAAUAUUGAAGCAAAUGAUAAAGAAAAGAGAACUAAAUUGGAACCUAUCAUGCCUGUAGAACCAAAUGAAAUGAUGAAUAUAUCUGAGAAAAACAUGUCUAAUGAAAACACUAUUAAUGAAUAUGAAAAUGAGGAUUCAAAGUGCAUCAGUGAUAAUAAAACUACUGAUAUCGCAACAAUUAUGAACUCAAAUCCUGAAGACAUGGCACUGGGAGAAACAGCCUCUAUAGAGCCGUAUGACAUUCAGAAUACUACACCAACACAAAAGGAUCGAACUACCAACCUGUCUGAUAAGGCUAAACUGUGCAAUAUUAUUGGACUUAAAUCUAAGGAGACUACUAUUGAACAUGGCAAUAUCUAUUUCACUUUUGGCAAUACAUCUGCAAUAAAAACAAAUGAGUCGAGAGACAUACCAGAAAAUGAGACUAUUAAUGGAGAUACAUGUUUGGAUACUGAUGAUGAUGUGAUUAUAAGCCAUGAAACUGAUUUUGAAGACAGUGAAUCUGAUUAAGAUUUUAUUUGAUUCAAGACUCUUGCUUGUGAAACAUGAAGUUAUAUACUAUUGUGUAAUAAAUUCAAAGGUGCUAAAUUGAUGUUAAUAACAUGUUUUAUGGUAUUGAACAAGGAAGAGAUUUAAUAGUAUACUGUUUGUGUGACUGGUGGUAGGAAGACAGCUUUUUGGUAUCUGUAACAAUUGUUAC